ACAAUUCAAGCAACUCGACCAUGAUGGCGGCUGGCGAAAUCGUUCACAUCGAAGAAGUCCUCCGCGACAAUGUGCCGCAUCGCUCCGUGCGCAUCACUGGAUGGCUCGAUAUGUACGAUGCAUCAAAGUGUCUGGCAACCCUGUCUUUCCAAAACUCGGUCAUUGUCGUGGCCACUGAUCUGCUUGUGAAUUUUGAUUUUGCUGUUGGGUCGUUGUAUCAGUUUAUCGGUGAAACAUACACCAACGAGGGCAAAAUGCAGUUGCGCGCACGCGUUGGACGGAACGUUGAUGGCUUGGACACACAAUUGUUCCUGGAUGCGUUGAAACUACGACGGGAAUUCAUCAAGACCACCAUGGCCGCUUGAACGAACCACCUAUGCUUGUCAAUACAAUUCCAUUCUCAAUGCUCCCA